AUGGUACAUAAACGUAUAAGAACAAUAGAUGAAGUCCAACGCGUAGAGAAUAGCCAUCUCCCCAAAGUCCAAUCCAAUCCACCACAACCACCUCAAAAAUGUCCACCUCCAAAUCCCUCCUCGCCUCAGCAACAAUCGCACCCGAACGAAUCUCUGCUCCUGGAAGCCGAAACCAGCGCCCGCGCCCGCCUAAGUAAAACUCCCAUCAACGACCUCCCACACAUCGCCGCCUGGCGCGAAGCCUACAAGUCCUUCGGCGCCAAACCGAACAAAACCCGCAACAGCCUCGAAGCUCUGACUCGACGGGUCGAAGCCGGCGAGGAUUUAGACAAAUAUACUGGUGCGCCAAAAUUGAUUCGGUCGACUGGGAAGGAGCCUUUCGAAGCGAAUUCGAAGGGAGAGAAAGUCACCGAGUUCGCGGAUGUAGGGGAGGAUACGAAGCGGGUGUUGUUUAUUCUUGAUGUGCUGGAUCCGGUUACUGAGGGGGAGGUGAGGGCUGCUGGGGAGGAGUUGGUGGAGCCAUUUGGCGAUGAUGGCGUUCACUUCGGUGGGCUUCUCCUCUGCUACCCAGUGGGAGGCGUCGACCUUGGCUUCCUUCAGGUUCUUGCACUGCUGCCGCAUGUUUGCCAUGAUCUUGGGGUUGUCGGCGGUGGAGCAGGUGGUGUCGUAUGUGGCGUGGACCUGUUGGGAUGUAUUAGUCAUAUCCUUGUAGACCCCUUGUCGGGCAUGGACGGUCGAGAAAUCAGAGGGACUUACAAACAACACCGGGAACUCAAGGUUGCCAUCGUUCUUCCUGUUCUUCAGAGUGUAAGCGCGGUUGCGGCUGUGGUUCAUGUACCAAGCAUCAGGGGCCCAGAAACCGGUCUUCUCCAUCGCAGCGACAAAUUCGUUGAAUGUGUCCUCGGAAUCGUAGACGGUGUACUCGAGCGGGAUGUGCCUGUACUUGGGAUCCGGCUUCUCGGCGCCGCCCAUCCAGCCGCCGUCCUUGAUGACUUGUGCCAAUGCGCCGGGCUUUCCAACACUCGCCGGGUUGCCCUUGACGCGGGAAGCACGCAAGAAGGCUGGAAUGUCGGCAUCGAAAAAAGCAGAUGCUUUCUCGAAGUCGGUCUCGUAGAACUUCUGGGAACACAGAGACCGGCUGCUGCGAUGCAGUGUUCCGGGUAG